CACAAGGUAGACUGUUAGCUAUCUAACCGGUGGACUUAGCAGGCCCAGUUUUGAUCACCGUAAAAAAAUACAACAAAACUCAAGUUUCUGAUUCUCAAUUCUUCUUGCCGGCCCUGCCGGAAGCACACACCCCUAACUCUACAGUGGGGUCCGCAGCACACCGCAGCACUCCCGCCUUUACGUCGAGCUCCUUGCCUGCAUGGUAGAUUUUCGCGCAUCCUUUUCUCAUCUUCAACCUAUACAUACUCCCUCAACCCACCACAUAACCCCCCCAAUCUUUACGCCUGUCCCUUGGACAUAAAUCCCGUCACCGAUUAUCUAUUCCACACCCCCAAACUCCCACCAGAAUAACCUGCCCACCAUGGACGACCUCGCCAACCUCGCCACCACCAUCGGCGACCGCUUCACCACCAACCUCAAGUCCACCCUCGACAACAUGUCCCCCCAAAAAUGGAUCCGAGUCAUCAUCGUAGCCGGCGCCUACCUCCUCCUCCGCCCUUACCUGAUGAAACUCGGCGGCCGCGCCCAAAUGGCCUCCUACGAAGACGAGCACGCAGCGACAGAAGCCGAGUUCGCCGCCAAGGCCAAGGCCAAAAUCUCCCCCAACGAGCUCCGGGGCAAAGUCCACAUACCCGAAGACACAGACUCUGAAGGUGAAGACGCAGAGGGCGGGUCAACUGCCGCUGACUGGGGCAAAAAGGCGAGGCGGAGACAGAGGGAUAUGAUCAAGAAGCUGCUGGAGGCUGAAGAAAGAAGAUUGCAGGAGAGUAAAGAGGAGGAGGAGGAUAAGGACAUUGAGGAGUUUCUGAUCAAGGAUUAAGCGCACAUGAGUGACAAGGUUAAGGUAGAAAAGGGUGGUAUAGAAACCUGGAAUGGGAACAGGAGGGUCGGUUUAUCAAAAUGGAAGGACUUUUUGGGUAACGACAUAAAGAUGGAUGGGGGUACAUAUAACCUAACGUACAUAAUGAUAAUAAAGCUUCCAACUGCCAUGUUCAAC